GGAAUUGUAGUCUUCUGCUCAAGCGCCCUCUGAGUCUGAUUGGAGAUUUGCAGAAGCGCUUCUCCCAAUUGACAUCUGAUUGGAUGUUCGGAAUAAAAUGAAAGUCUUCGGGGAGCUGAGCCCCGAGGAGUGAACGGGGCGGGACUGCGGGCGGGAGGAGCCCUUGAAGCUUUGGGCGCGAUCGGUUGAAAGGCGGUUGGUGUCGGUUCGGCAGUGCAGGUUCUGCUCAGCUGUCCCAGCCGUGCUCCAUGGCCGAUCCGGAAGAAGCGCGGGCUCCUCCGCCGCCCUCUUGUCCCUCGUCCUCGGGCACUUCUUCAGUAUCUUCCCCGAGGGCCCCAGAGAGUUUGGACUGGCCGGUUCCGAGCAGCAGCAGCAGCAGCAGCAGCAGCAGCAGAGCGGUGGACCCGCUGGAAGAGGUGGAGAUGCGGAUCGGAGAUGCAGCAUUUUCAUUAACCAAACUUAUUGAAGCUACAUCUGCAGUAUCAGCUCAAGUGGAAGAGCUUGCCUUCAAAUGUACAGAAAAUGCACGUUUCCUUAAAACAUGGCGGGACCUCUUGAAAGAAGGUUAUGACUCCUUGAAGCCUGACAAUUAAUUUGGCUGGAACUUCAUUCCUCAUUUAAGAUAUUUGCACACAUGCCUUAUUACAAGAUAAUCUCUAACAGUUCUGUAUAUGCAGGGUGAAAUUUUUUCUUAGUUUUCUUCAUAUUUGUGAAAGCAAAAUACUGAAAGGAUUUUUGAUGCUGGCCAUUAUUUAUCUUUAAGUAUUUUUUGUCCUUUAAAUUUUUCCUAGGAUCCUUUAUGAAAGUCACCUUAUCAAUAUAUACUAUUAGUUAUGCCAUAGUGUUGUCAGUAGCAAAUGAGUAGACCAUUCCUCAUUUUGCAAGAAGAGGCUAAGAAUAGCCAAGUUUGAGGUUGAUCUUUAUAUUAUUGACCAAGGUCAAUUUAGGGCUACUAAUAUGAGGCCCAGUUUCAUUUCUAAGUUUCCUAGAACCAGCAAUUGUGUCUUAGUUGUUUCUAUGCCCCUAACAGUUAGAACAGUGCCACACAACACUUAGUAAAUACUUGUUAAGUAAAAGUUGAGAAUGUAAUUAAAGGGUUUUUUUUUUAUAUGUUAUCUCUUUAGCAUGAGCAUUAUAUUCGUUUCUCUAAAAAAACCAUUUGAAUCAAUAUCUCUUUAACUUGAUGGAAUGAAUAUGGUUUCUUUACCUGAUGACAGUUUUUUUUUAAAUAAAAUACAUAUUUCUACCCUUCUCUAAUACUUUUUUUAGAAGUUUUUCCUUAGAAAGUGAAAGCCUAUCUGAAAAGAAUGCAUAAUCCUCCCAUUUAUUUAUAAGUUAACUGCUUUUACAGAUAUUUCUAGUAUUUGAUAUUGCUUUGUUUGCUUUCCAUAAGUGCCUUAUUAAAAUUAUGACUGUAUUAUUACUUUUGUAACUUUGCAUAUUGCUUUAUCCGUUUGAAAUUGUUAACUUUGUUUUUAAUGCAUCAACUUUGAAUGGUGCAGUUCUAUUCAUAUCAUAUUUUAGUGAUAAUGUUCUAUUUAUCCUAUAUCUUAUUUUUCUCUCUAUGGCUUGUGUCCUGUGCAGCAACUAUGAAGCCAACUGAUCUCUUCUGGAUGUCUGAUAUGAUUAUUUUAGUUUUUUUUUAGAUGUGUAUACCUGUACAAAACUGUAUUCUAAAACCCCGCAGUGAGUUUGUGAAAGAGGUCAAAUGGAUGGGAAGAGAAUAGCUCAGUUUAGCAUAUUGUCAAGGUUCUCUAACGAAUUUUUUUAAGUUAGAGAGCACACAUGUUGUGUUCAUAUACCAAAGAGAUGCUUAUUUCACAUUAUAAAGUAUUUUUCUGUGUGUUAUAAGAAUUGUGACUUUUUAAGUGUACAGAAUAAAUUUGUUAAAAGCAAAUUUUAUUUCCAUUUCUUUGGGGUCAUUGUUUUAAGCUUUUUAUUGAAUGUUUCACACAUACGAAAAGGGGAUGAUUUUUAAAACUACCCUGAUUUUUUAUUAUGCAAAUGAAAUAAAUGUUAGCCUCUGGCUCUAUUUUCUUCA